GUGUUCAAUCACCUUUAGGUCUCUCUCUCUCUCUCUCUCUCUCUCUCUCUCUCUACACAUUCCACUGAUCUUUACUUGGAAGAGAGAGAGAGUGAAGCAGGAUAGGAGGGGAGAUGAUGCUCUCCUCCUUUACAUCUCCCACUCUCCUCUCUCUCUACCUCAUCACCUUCUCCUCCCUCCAGUAUUUCUCUUCUGCAUCAUCUCCUUCACAAAAGGUUAAUGGUUUUGGGUACCAUUUGGUCUCCAUUGGAGAGAACCCAAAUGGAGGUGGGCUCUUGGGCUCCUUACAACUGAAGCAGAGCACCUCCACAUAUGGCCCUGAUAUUCCCCAUCUCAGGCUUUUUGUUAAGCAUGAAACUGGGGAUAGAUUAAGAGUUCACAUAACUGAUGCAGAUAAAGAAAGAUGGGAGGUCCCUUACAAUCUGCUCCCUAGAGAACAACCCCCACCUUUGGGAAAAAUUACCACAACUACCCCUUACACAGAUUCAGAAUACUCAGGAGAUGAACUAAUCUUCUCCUAUUCCAAAGAUCCAUUCUGGUUUGCAGUAAAGAGGAGAUCAAAUGGGCAUACUCUAUUCAAUACCAGCUACUCAAACCUGGUUUUCAAAGACCAGUAUCUCGAGAUCUCGACGCGAUUGCCGAAAUCCGCGGCGUUAUAUGGGCUCGGAGAAAACACUCAGCCCGGCGGGAUCAGGAUCCGGCCGAACGACCCGUAUACGCUCUACACAACCGAUAUAUCGGCGAUCAAUCUGAACACUGAUUUGUAUGGGUCUCACCCUGUGUAUAUGGAUUUGAGGAAUGAUGGGGGUGAGGCCUCUGCUCAUGCAGUGCUGUUGCUUAAUAGUAAUGGGAUGGAUGUGUUCUAUAAGGGGAGCUCCCUAACAUAUAAGGUUAUUGGGGGUGUGUUUGAUUUCUACUUCUUCGCCGGGCCGAGCCCGUUGGAGGUGGUGGAUCAGUACACUUCGCUUAUAGGCCGGCCCGCGGCCAUGCCCUACUGGGCUUUCGGAUUCCACCAAUGUAGGUGGGGCUAUAAGAACUUGUCGGUGGUAGAAGGUGUUGUGGAGGGCUACAAGAAGGCCGCAAUUCCACUCGACGUGAUAUGGAACGAUGACGACCACAUGGAUGCCGCCAAGGACUUCACCCUUGAUCCUAUCAAUUAUCCCCGCCCUGCUCUCCUUUCCUUCCUCGACGAAAUCCACUCCCGCGGCAUGAGGUACAUUGUCCUCAUCGACCCUGGGAUCGCCGUAAACUCCACUUAUGGUGUAUAUCAAAGAGGAAUGGCCCAAAAUGUGUUCAUCAAAUAUGAAGGCCAGCCGUACUUAGCACAAGUGUGGCCCGGCCCCGUCUACUUCCCGGACUACUUGAACCCAAGCACGGUGUCAUGGUGGGGCGACGAGAUCAGGCGGUUCCACGAGCUUGUCCCCGUUGAUGGCCUCUGGAUUGACAUGAAUGAAGUUUCCAAUUUCUGCACGGGGAAAUGCAAAAUACCGACGAACCAUUCUUGUCCUAUCCCUGAUUCGACUACGCCUUGGGUUUGCUGCUUAGAUUGCAAGAACAUAACCAGCACUAGAUGGGAUGAUCCUCCUUAUAAGAUCAACGCUUCGGGUGCUCGUGCACCGCUGGGGUUCAAGACUAUCGCCACGAGCGCAGAGCACUACAAUGGAGUGUUGGAGUACAACGCGCAUAGCCUUUACGGCUUCUCGCAAGCCAUUGCUACACACAAAGCCCUUCUCGGGGUUAUUGGAAAGCGCCCGUUUAUCCUUUCGCGCUCUACUUUUGUUGGGUCGGGAGCGUAUGUCGCGCAUUGGACGGGCGAUAACAAGGGCACGUGGGAUGAUCUCCGGUACUCGAUCUCGACCAUGUUGAAUUUCGGGAUCUUUGGCACGCCGAUGGUCGGCUCGGAUAUCUGCGGGUUCUACCCAGCACCGACAGAAGAGCUAUGCAACCGAUGGAUUGAGUUGGGCGCAUUCUACCCUUUCUCGAGGGACCAUGCAAACUUUGCAUCCCCGCGGCAGGAGCUUUACCAGUGGGAGUCGGUGGCCAAGUCGGCCCGGAAUGCCCUCCGACUCCGAUACAAGCUACUUCCGUACCUGUACACCUUGAACUACGAAGCUCAUCACACCGGUGCACCGAUCGCAAGGCCGAUCUUUUUCUCAUUCCCCAGCUUCACCGCCAGCUACGGGUUGAGUACGCAGUUCUUGCUCGGGAGCAGCGUCAUGGUCUCGCCGGUGCUUCAGGAGGGCGCGACGACAGUGAAGGCCUUAUUCCCCCCGGGGACGUGGUACAACCUAUUCGACUUGGCAAAGGCGGUCGAUUCGAAGGACGACAGCUACGUGACGCUCGAUGCGCCGCUCAAUGAAGUCAAUGUGCACGUUUACCAGAACACCAUACUUCCGAUGCAGCGAGACGGGACGAUCUCGAAAGAGGCGAGGGCUACGCCGUUCACGCUCGUGGUUAGCUUCCCGUUAGGCACCACCGGGGCUGACGCGAAGGGUAAGGUUUACGUGGAUGAGGACGAGCGGCCGGAGAUGGAGUUAGUGGACGGGGAGGCGACGUACGUCGAGUUCUACGCGAAAUUCGGCGAGGGGAAGGUGACGGUGUGGUCGGAAGUUAAGAUGGGGAGGUAUAGCUUGGAGGAGGGGUUGAUGAUUGAGAAGGUGAGUGUCUUAGGGUUGCAAGGGAGUGGAGCAGGGGUUGAGAUUGAAGUUGAAGGGGAGCCAUUGAGUGACACAUCUAGGGUUCACUUUAGCAAUGAGAACUCUAAUGAAGGGAAUGUGGAGAAGGUUGAGGGGGGGAAUAAGAGGAAGAGCAUGGUGGUGGAGGUUGGGGGUUUGGAAUUGCCUUUGGGGAAGAACUUCUCCAUGACUUGGAAAAUGGGGAUUGAGGGGUAAAUUUAAAAUUUUUCUGAGUUAAAGAGUUUGUUGUGUGCAUUGCUGUUUUAAAAUGCUGCUAGUUUAUGGAGUCUCCUGUUCUUUCUUUUUCCCUUGUCCUUUUCUCAUUUCAAAAGCCUCUGCUUCUUAUUUUCUUGGACAACAUAACAAAGUGCUAGAGAAUAAAGAUUUUGGUUUAUCAUUA